GUAUGACUAAGUCUCGAGAUAAAUGAGAGCCGCCACUAGCCAUAUCAAAUUCAUUUAUCAACAACUUCCAUGAAUUAAUUGGCCAAAUUAUUGAUGAUUCUUAAUCCAGUAUAGUAAUUUGUACUGAAAUCUCAUUGUCGCCAUUCUUUCCAAUUUGCUUGUGUGCAAAUCGUUACUUUUUUCAAUCCCGACAAAGCAUAAUGCCAAGAGACUUUCGAUCAAGCCUGCCGGAAGGUGUGCUCCCGCUGACGAGCCACCUCGGAAGCAGGCCUCUCAAGGCUCUUGGAUUGAACGAUAUCAACGAAUCUUCUAAAGAUGACUCUGGCGUCGAUAAACCAUCGGAAGAUCCUACAGAGGGACUGCCCGAAAGUCUGCUGAAGGCAAACGAGAGAAAUAAUCUGCACCCUUACGUGCGGCCGCUUACCCUGGCCGAUGUCGACAGCUGUGUCAAACUCGAGACGGCCGCCUUCUCGGAGAAUGAGCGGACUCCAAGAGACAAGAUCGUCUAUCGAUUGACCAAAUGUCCCGAGCUCUCGUUAGGGCUCUUCACCACGGCAGGGCCUGAUUCAGCUGCCCGUCAAGCAGCGACGAGCGAGGCCGGCAAGUCAGAAUUUUCGGAGCAGCCGGAAAAAAAGGCUGUUUUGCUAGCGCAUGCUCUCGGUGCUAGAUUAAACUCCCCAGUGGUUACCGACGAAUCCAUGAUGCUUCCUCCUAACUGGGAUACGCCCGGACAAGAAGAUUCUCAGAUUGGUCAUAUUAGUGAAGCAAGGACAGUAGCUAUCCAUGCCCUCGCUGUUCUUCCGGAAUAUCAGCGCAAAGGUCUUGGGAAGGUCAUUGUCAAGUCCUACGUUCAACGUAUGCAACAUAGUGGCGCGGCCGAUAGAAUGGCACUUCUCUGCCGCGAUCAUCUGAUCCCAUUCUACGAGAGUUGCGGGUUCAAGAAUAGCGGCCGAAGCGAAGCGCAAAAAUAUGGGGGGAACUGGAAUGAUAUGACUUUGGAAUUUGACUCCUCGACACCUUCGAGCGUGUGAGCUCUGGGAAUGCCAGGCGUGGCCCAACAGGGCCACUUCUCGUUUCGCUUUGUCUGACUGAACCAAACUACCCAUUUCAAAGCGUUGACAGACGACGCUUAUAGUAGAGUUGUACAUAAUAUUCGGGUUCAUCAACCCAUUAAAUUCUCUUCUUGUAAUGUCGAUCUCUUCCCUGCGACAUGAACUUAAAAGUUCCAGACC